AUGAUUUCCAUGCAACGCUCCCUCUCGUCGCCCGUUCGCAUACAUUCUUCCUCAGCUCCCCUCUCCCCCGACGACGAGAAGCUCCCCACAAGCGCGAACUCGAGAUCGCCGACGCCCUCGCUUGACGACCAUGCCUCCUUCUCCCGGCGCAUGCGACGCCCCUGCUCGCCGAGCCCCCCGCCAGUUUCCAACACCAAUGUUUCGCUGCCUUUGCGCCGCAAUGACGACGCACCAAGGCGGCCUCUCUCACAGCAGUAUGGCGCGACAGCCAGCGCCAGGAAGCCAGUGAUUGCUCAACCCGUGACGCCCUCUUCCACAUCCCCCGUCAAAGCUGCUGCUCCUAAGACCCCCCCGUCUGUACCUUCUGACACCGGCGCUGCUCCUUUUGCUCCGAGUCUUCUUCCAGAGUUGUCUCAGUACUCGAGUCCGUUCCAGGCACACGAUAGUUCCGAUGGCACUACUUUGGAGGAACUCGCCCACCUGGUUCGAUUAUCUAAGUACCAGGAGCGCAAGCGCGCCAACACUAGGAUCCGUUUGCAAAGGAACCUGAUUUCGACUGCUCUGUCUGCUCGACUGACUCGGUGUGGUGAGAUUGCCCGCAGGAACCUAGCAGAUUGUUUCCGCAAGGACGACAAGAAAGUCUUUGGGCCCCUUUUCAACGCCAUUCAUGAUGUCCGAAAAAGCUGCGAUGGUCUCCGUCAGUACGCUCUUCUGGAACCCGAAAUGGAUACCUUGUCCGAUAAUUUGGAGGCUUCCUCAAGCACACCUGUCUCUGCUGGUCCCUUGGCUGCUGUUGCACCAUUUCUUAACGAAAUACCAGCCUCAGCAAGGGAGACGUUUCUUAACUUUCUGAACCAGAUACGGACCAACCCGGAUUAUCUAGCUACUAGGCUUUGCACCCUGACCACCACUGAACUGAAUGCCCUUACCAGCUUCCAUCAAGUACUGGAACCCAUCGAGUCUGUCCUGCCUUUCCAUGGUCGACCCGCCCCGCGAACCCACGCAUCCGGCAACUCGAGUCGAUAUUCGACGCAGCAGAACACGGCCAUCGAGCGCCUACUCUCCUUUCAACGGCAUGAUCCUCUAUCGGCUCUCAUACAUACCUGCUUCGCCAACUCGGCUGGGCCAGACAGCGCAGAGGAUCGGAGACGAACUGAUAUCUGGGCAACCGCCAUGGCCAAGCUGAUUACGGAUUCCAGGGCGAACAAAGUCCAAAGCGAGCACAUGCUUAUUUCUGUCAUGAAUGUCUGGACGACCAUGCGUGACUGGGCCGGAAAAUCCAAUAUGGAAUGCAAACUGGUCGACAGUACUAGGAAUUGGUUCGUUUGGAAAUGGCUUUUUUCCUCUUUUCUCCUGCAUGUCAUCAUUCACCCGGAAAGCUUUGGUAUGAUGGCCGACUACCACAUCACAGAAUACGGCCGCCAAACCAUCUUGAAGAAGGUUGCACUGAAAGCACAGGAGCUAGUGGUGAACAUGACGUGCUACAAGAAAGGCACCAUGUCAGUCCCCGCGAAGGUUCAAGACCAUGUCGACAACAUUUUGGGCCGGUUCAGAGGGGCUCGGCCGCAGCGGCAGAUGGCCAAGCUCCUACCCGCACGAUCCAUCACAUCGCUCAGGGAGACUGUUGAAGUGCAUCCCUACCUAGUCAUCAGCCCUGCAGAUCUGGUCACUCUGGUCAACGCUCUCUUUCCCGAGCGGAGGCCAAUGUCAGCCCACUCCAGUGGGCUCAGGUCUGGUGCCCCGUCAAUCUCAGGCAUGUCUGGCAUCUCGCAGCCCAUAUCGAUGGGUGGUUCGCGCAGCAACUUCGAAACGACAUCCGUACUUAGUACCAGUGCCUCUUCAGUUGUCAGCGAUGCAACGACCUCGCAGGGAACUGCCUUUGAUGAUCAUGGUGCGGGCUCCCCUCAGCGUUACUCGCCGCCAGCCCUGGAUUUGGCCGCCCAACAGCGACUCAAUGGCUACGAAGACGAUGGCUAUCGCCUACGCUUCGCCCUUCGGGAGCUGAGUGCCGCUCUUGGCAUGGAAACCGUCCAAGGCUCAUGCCACCCUUGUGCAGAUCGUUGGGCGGUACUAUUCAUUUCCUCGGACGGCAACAGCUUGUCUACGCAAAUGACAUACGACCCCGAGGACGAAAUCGAGGAAGAAGAGAACUCGUCCACUAGCGAUACGGACGAUGACGAAGACGAUGGAAGACCGGAGCUAGACAAGGACUACCACCAACUUCGCGACUCUGUCUUGAAACUGGUAGAGGAUUUUGAGAUCCCACAAAGUAACGAGCCAGAAGCAAACCGCGCACAGUUCAGUAACCGGGCCACCGGCAUCAAGAGAUACCGAUCGAAGAACAAGGUAGUUACAACUGAGCGGUCAACGCCGAAUCGGAACCCAUAUCGCGGGCGAGACGCCGGUCAGGACACUAAGAGUCCAGCACCCGAAUAUUCUUCGGGAAACUCGAAAAACGACGAAGAACCAGCGCCAUCCUCAGAUUCUUCUUCUGUGCUGGUCGCCAUGCUAACGGCGGCAUCAGCACAGUCGCGAGCUCAGUCUGAUUUCGUGUCCGCGCACCUGUACUGGAAGACGCUGCAGCAGCUCAACGCUGUCACUGCAACGUCCCUACGUCGUGAUGGAUUUGCUAUACUCUUGAAUAUCUUCUCGCGCGGCCCUCGAGAUUCAAUACGUCGAUCUGCAUCCGGAAUUGAAGAGUACGAUGCUUGGCUUGUUUGGCUCAAGCAAAGCCAGGAAAGGCACGAAGGUCUCAUUGAUGGCAUGAUGAGGCGCCUGCGGGCGCUCCGUGAUAAGAUGUGGUAUGUCUCUGACGUCCGCACCUCAGCACCCUACGAACACACCCGCAACAUUUGUGCAGCUUUAAAGACAAUGGGUAUGCCUCGUCGAUGGGGUACAUUUCAACGCAACAGGGCGCACUCGGCUCGCGGCACCGCCAAUUAUCUCUACCGCACCGAGUCACAGAUCAUGGAUCUAUUGUGCGCCUCAGAAGAGCAAGGUGGGCCGAAUAAGCUCAGCGACGACCAAGCUGACAAGACAUCCCGUUGGUUGGAGCAGGCUGACGUCACAAACUUCUGCCGCGGUGAGGAGAGAAUCCACAGAUUCUGCUGCGAGGUCGACACAUGUAUUUCCAAGCUCGUCGGCGAGUCCAUUAUGGAUGGGCCUGUCCUAUGGUCAAGCGAAUUGUACCUGCGGGACCGCAAGACACUUGAAGGGUUCAAAAGCGGCCGCGAUAGGGAGCCGGGCUGGGGCCAUGGCGCAGACGAUGGCGCAAGCAUCAUCAGCGAGCCAGAACGCAGGUUCAACAUUCACGGCAGAUCGGUUGCUAUGCCCAGGGAUCUUAGGAGCAUGUCGACGCACAAUGCAAGCCAGCAAUCAUUCGAUUCAGGAAGCUAUCGAUUCUCAAAGGCCAGCACGGCUCUUUCAGAUAUCAUAGACGGGCAGGACUAUUUCGGCGCAUCGUCGCCCGUUCACACUAUUGACUCGAGCUCGACAUUCUGGUCGCCCUUUCAGUCUGCCAUCUCCCCAAGCACUGUGGCUUCGAGGGCACACUCGCCUACGACGAGCGUGACGAACCUGUCAAGCACAUUCCAUGCUCACAGCCAAAGUGGCCCCUCCUUCUCGGGCCAAUCUACCGGACGACCUGGAACCUCAGCGUCAUCAAAUGAGACAGUUUAUCAGCAGCGCCUGUCCGAGGAGAAGACACGGUUCUUUACCGAUCUGCGGCAGACCCUGACCAGUCUCCUUCUUUCGGACCUGGGCAACUUCGUCUUUGCAUCUGGCGCCGAGACUGAUGUAUGGUUUGAAAGCCUAGGCCAAGAGUGUAUAGAACGACGGAAUGCGCUCGACAGGCGGGCCAAAGGUCUACCGUCUACACGUGGUAAACUUUCGAAGGCCUCAGGAAAGCCACGCGUGAUUGAGAAGAAAAAGAGCUGCGGGGAUCUAAGGAAUGCUGGGGAGACCGACAAGAGCCCCGAGACGACCGAGACUGCGAGCGUUCCGGGGACCGACAGUACGACCACACCAGUCGAUACGGCCUCCACUCGCCAUCGUCCCAUAUUGAAAGACAGCACACCCGAGUUCCCCUACAAGAAGGCGUAUCAGCGCCUGUUGCGCAUGUUCUGCGUCCAUCCGAACCCGUAUGCCAAGCUCAACGCUCUGUAUGAGCUUGAGCAACUCAUUCUCGCGUCCUUGGCCACGGGUGGGACAAAGCGAUCACGGAUGGGCUGGAACCCAGCCAGCCCGCACGUCCCUGAUAAUGACGGCAGUGGAGGAUCCGGUCGGCCCACUCCGCUCGAGGAUGACAUGGAUAAUGUUAAGGAACGGCGCUCACAUGCUCUGUUGCAGUCACCCGUUAUUUCUCCAACGAUUGCCGGAUCGCUUCCUUUGCGAUUUGGCAGUCUUGACACUCGGACCGUGGGAGUUCCAAAUCUUCACACCGACGCUGUUGUAGACGUCUUGCGAACGCUCUUACGCGAUGCCUCGAUUCGACCCCAGACGCUUUUCAGGGACUUGCAAUUCAUCGCGGCUUUCGUUCAUCCUGCUGUGCUCGACAAGACAGACAAAGGCAAAGCGUUUUGGGAUACUGGGCUGGCCGCGCUUGGGCUCAAGUCAGAAGUGUGCAGGACGAUGCUUGAUGUGGCUGACGAGGUCCAGAAGGCCUACAGAAGCACGCAGGAGAGGGGCAAGGAACCCCACGCACAGAGUUCGGAUUCGUUAUCACAACCGAGCUCACCUGCUCCCGUAACAACGACUUACAGUCUGGCCGAUGCAGGCAGAAUGUGGACCGUUCUCGCCAAAGAAGGGGAUACUGCCGCCCAACGUGAGCUUGCCCUCUUUUAUCUCAUGGACCCAGAAUUGCUGGAGCGUACAACGCUGCCCCUUUCGAAGCCUCGCGAGGUGUUCAAGCAAGCCGUCAUGGAUAAGUAUGGACGAGGUUCAAGGUCCGGCGCGAGGUUCUACCCCAGUGACAGGAGCCGAUCUGGCACCACUGGCAAUAUAUCAAGUUCGGGGCAUGAGGGUGGAGCGGAAGAAGGAGCAACAGUGUGGAACGACCCGUCACUCAUGUGUAUCGCGAUCCACUUCUUUCAAGCCGCCGAACAGGGAGGUGAUGGUCCAGCCACGGCGUUCCUACAGCAGAACGACCUUGGCCUGAGCCGGUAA